GAGUCCUCUGUACACAACAGACAUAAAAAGUUGGUUUUCAAGGCAGGGAGAGAAAAUUCAAGUAAACCGCGAAGAGGUUUUCUCUCUUGCUCUUUGCACGCCUGUGCGUAAAAACGUCGAGCCUGGCUAUGAUCAGAUAGCCAGAGAGGAGCCAGAGAGGAGCCAGAGAGGAGCCAGAGAGGAGCCAGAGGAGGAAGUUGGAAGGAGGGACCAAUGCAGUGUGGCGUGGUGUGAGCGGAGCAAGAGUUUAUACUGGGUUUUCCGGGCGCUUCCAGCUCUGAAAUCGGCGGAUCUCUUUAGUUCUGGCGCUAUACUCAAAGCAGGAAUAAGCAGGGACGUAAGACUCCAGUAGUGCUUUGUACCUGCUCAGACAUGAGUUUUUAACACGCUGUCGUUUUAAGAAAGUUACACACCUAUGCUGUCAAUGUCAGCACAGGUAGUGAAGAGGAUCCCGGAAGAACUCGUAGUUCAGGUUACCAGCUUGUUUGCAUAGACUGUACUUCUAUUCCAAAGCGAGCGAGAGCCGAUGGACUUGUUUAUCUUAUUCAAGAAGUAGUUAUUUUCUGUUAUAGCUGUCGAUUUCAAAGUAAAUGAACGGAAAGAAGAUGAAGGAGAUGAGGAAGAAGAAGCUGUACGUGGUGAUGGACGUGCUGUGCGUUUUAGUUGCGGCAUUGCCCUUCAUCAUUAUGACUAUCGUAUUCAAGCCAUAUCAAAGGGGUGUUUACUGUGACGACGAGAGCAUCAAGUACCCCCUAAAACCAGACACCAUCACCCAUGGCAUGCUGGCAGCCGUCACCAUAUCCUGCACUGUCAUCAUUAUCUCUUCUGGAGAGGCUUAUCUGGUUUACAGCAAGAGGAUUUACUCUAAUUCAGAUUUCAACCAGUAUGUGGCUGCACUCUACAAGGUAGUGGGCACCUUCUUAUUUGGAGCAGCUGUCAGCCAGUCACUGACAGACCUUGCCAAGUUCACUAUCGGCCGCCCGAGACCUAACUUCUUGGCUGUGUGUGGCCCCAAGAUCUGCAAGGGAUACAUGCAGAUGAUCAACUGCACAGGCAAACCAGAGGACGUCACAGAGUCUAGAUUGUCCUUCUACUCUGGUCACUCCUCUUUUGGAAUGUACUGCAUGCUCUUCCUUGCACUAUAUGUGCAGGCGAGGCUCGUGGCUAAGUGGGCCAGACUCCUCCGGCCCACCAUCCAGUUCUUCCUGGUGGCCUUCGCGGUAUACGUGGGUUACACCCGAGUCUCUGAUUACAAGCACCACUGGAGCGACGUGCUGGUGGGGCUGCUGCAGGGAGCGCUUGUUGCUGUACUCAAUGUGCGCUUUGUGUCAGACUUCUUUAAGAAGCGUCCUCCACGUUGCACUAGGCAAGACGCGGCUGAUAGCGAAGAGCCAGAGAGAAAACCCAGCCUGCAGAUUGCAGACUCCGAGCACACCAACCAUUACAACUACCACCACAGUCCAGGACCUGUGUGAUAGGGGGCUGACGCUGGGGAACAAAGGCUGCAGCCUGCAGGCCCCAAACCUGUGUGAUAGGGUCCAACCCAGGGGCUUCACCCUUGAUUAUGCAGUGGACAGUGUUUAGUUUAGGGAAUAACCUUGAUCACCUGCAGCCUUGACUCUGUAGGCUGUUCACUGCAGACUCCAGAAGGUAAGUAAGAAGUUCGUUGAGUAUGAAAUGUUAAAUUUUGGAGUCUGCAAGCAGCCCUUUGAAUUUAUGAAAGAAGUGAAGUUAGGGAUCUGGUCUGUAGCUUGUAGCCUCCAAGCCCCCAGCUCCUUCCCCACAUGUCAACCACUCACACCCUGCCUGCUCCCCAACCACUGGACUGACUGAAGGGGCUGCGUCCCAUUGCCAGGUCUCUGAGCCCCCUCUCAAAGAUGCCAUAAUGACCUCCUUUUCUCCUGUAAGAGAGAGAGGAGCACUUUAUUUUUAAGACGUUGUUGAUGUUGAAGUGUAUUUGCUCAAAGCUGCAAUAAGCGCAAAACUCCUAACUACAGCAGCCAAAUUAUGAUAUACCGUUAAGUGCUUAAGUGCUUGUGGCUAAUGUGUUAGCAAACAAGUAACACAGCAGAAGCAGAGAAGCAUGUGCAUGCCCACUUUUCUGGCCAUCUGAUGAAUGUAAGUCUGAUAGUUACUUUGUGUUAAUGCCUGUCUUAGCCCACCAACUGGCUCUCUUUGGUUUGGUAAAACUUUCACUUACUUUACCAGCCACUCGUUGAAUUAAGCAGGAUGUAGUGUUUCUAAGGCUGUGUUUGCAGAGAACUGCUGACCACAGUUUUAUAUGAUGUGCCAGUAAGAGCGGUUGGAUUUCCGUGAACCAAAACAACAAUCUGGAUGAGCCUGAAAAAUGCAGUGCUUUGGGAUGGAAAGAUCUGGGUAUUGAUUCACAGUGGGACUGGAAGUAGUGGCAACUCCUUUUACAUUAACGUCAAAUAUGUUGCUUAAUGAAGCUUUAAUGUGUUUUGUAUUUUUUUAAUUUCCGUAUGCAGAGAAGUUCAUUUAUAGUGCACCUUAAGCUGGUUUCAUACCAUUAAACUGUUACAAAUCAUAACAAAUUGUUUAAAAUUUGAAAUCAGUUCACAAUAGAUGAGCUAAUUUUCUCCAUAUAUCAAGGCUCACAGACUAAAAAGCUGCUUUGAAGGGAGAUGCAUUCAUACUUAACCAACAUGCAGAACCGUAAACAACAUACAGAGAUAAAUACUUUGAGCUGAAACAUCCCUACUAGCUGCCCUAACUGCCACACAAACAGGUCUGGGAAUCUACUAUGAGAAACAAUAAGAUGUUUUGAAUGUGACUAUACAGGUUUUCCGUUCCUGGUGACUCACUAUUUAGAUCAAGUCUGAUUCGCUAGUACCAGAAUUUUCAACUCACAGCAGUUAUUCUGUCCUUUAGUUACUGCCAUGUUGUAUCUCUGCCCAAUUGUUUCUGGACGAGUGUCUGGCUUAUCUGUGGCGUAUAGGACAUAACAGUCCUUCAGGGCAGACUAUGACUAGAAUGGGUCAGAUUCACCCUUAACAGAGAGAGAUGCUUUUCUAAAAUGUAUAGUUUGUGAUUGAUUCAUGUUUCCCCUGUGUUAAAUGGACUGCAGAGGUAGAGACCAUUGAUGCAGAUAAUGUUAAGUUCUGUUGGACUUUAUGCAUAGUACCACUACUAUAAUGCCAAUCAAAUGUUAAGAAAUUUGGCCUCUAUUUUGUUUCUGUUUUUUUCCCUUUGUUUUAAUUUGUUUUUGUGUUAUUAUGUUUUCCUUUCUCAAAUAAUAGUAAUCAAAGAAGGAUGCGACAACCAUUUUGAAAAUGGUGUUUAAUUUAUUUUAAAUAUAAGAAGUUCUUUAUUAACUCUGAUAAGUUUGGAAUUGCCAGCGCUGUUAAAGUUUUUGUGCAAUCACCCCUGCUUGCCACUAUGAGCCACAAAUACUGUACUAUGUACUAUCUACUUAUGCUAUGAGACAUGUUUCAUGCUCUGUGAAGGAUGUGUAUAAAUACGCUUGUACGUUUCUUUUUUUUUUCACUUUGGUAAGUUUUAAUUUCACCUGUACAGUGUACUUUGGCCAAUGCCUUCACAGACUGGUGCCUAUUGGAGCUGCCUCACAAACGGAUCCAAUUCCAGGUCCAAACAUAAGCCAGAUUCCUUGGCAGAGCUUUUAAAGGGAUGUUGUAAUGAUAAAGUGUUACAAACCCAGCUAUGUUUUUGAAGCAAGUAACACAGCUCCAUUCCCACUUCAAAGAAUCGUCUAUGUUCCUUUUCCCUUUCCUGUGUUGAUAGAUGGGGUUAAUUUGUGAAUAAGGUCUCCUGUACAGUUCUUGUACUGCAUGCAGACCCCUGGGGGACAGACAGCAGAUCAGACAGAGCUCAGAUUUGAUAGGGGGAGGGACAGGAAGACAGAGAGAAUCUCACCUGGUAGUGAUUUGGAGGCCCUGAAGCUGAGCUUGGUCAAGGGAGAGGCGGGGUGCUUUAGGAGUGGAUGUGUGGGGUAUCCCAUGGUGAACCUUGGUCCCUGGGGACCUUCUACACAUUUAAAACACAGAUUUACAACAACAAAACAGCUGGAACUGGUUGCGGCGAAGUGCCAUACAAGCCCACUCCCCUGCUCCCUACAUCUAAAUCAUCUGUGCGUUACAGCAGCCAGACUAAUAGCCCAAAAUGAGGAUGAGGAUGUAGAAACGUCAUAGUAUUUGAUCUCCCUCCAGUUUUGUGGAAACCAAGGCUCUCAGCUGGUAAUGUGGCUCCAUGUGUUUUUAUGCUUUACUGGAUUAGUGCUUUAGAAUGGGCACUGGUUGGCCAAUCUUUUUAUGUGUUAUGUUUUAUGUUUAUACGACAACUUGUAGAUAUGGUUCAUGUCGUUUUUGUUUAUACACUAUAGUAUCUAAGUCUCUAAAACAGAGAAUUUUAAAUAAAUAUAUAAUCUGCA